CGCACAUCGAUUCUGCGACCAUAGGUCCGCUAUGUAUGUCGCGUAGUCCUUCGACAAGCCGCGAUAUUUAUAAAAAAAAUUAGUUAAAUGAACGUUGAGAAAAGUGCCCUCGAUGUGCUUGCCUCGUUGUAACAAGCCGGAACGUCCGAGUUGGCCGUUUUCGAGCGUCGGUGCGGUGGACGUCGCGACGUCCGUGUGAAUGUUUGACAGGUAUCUGGUCGUCGUGACGGUCUUUUGUUUUAAGGGGCGUCCAUCGGCGUCCUGUGCGUGCAAAUCAAGUGGUGGCGAUGUUAAAAGUGCCCGCUUUUGCGGCUUUUGAGUGGUUUUUGUGCGUCCAAGCUUGAGGGAAUUUCAACCCAGCGCCUUCGCCAUUUUGUACUGCUUUAGGCGUAUACAGGCCGUGUUGACACGGCGCCCCAUAUAACGCCAGGGGGCCCAGGGGCGAGAGACUGGGUCGGGAUUUCCUCGCAGUGAGAUACAGUGGGUUUUUACAUGAGUGACGUUUCAUGGAUAAGUGUGGGAUUAACGCUGGAGGGGCCCUUUCAGUAUUAGUGAAGAGCGGAAGCGGCAUCGUCAUGUGGUAGGCGGGGCUGGGGGGUGUAGCCCCCCUGUAGACCUGGCGCCGCCAUCACGGAUCACCACGGCGACCGUCACAGAUGUCCUGACAGCGGGGCCAGGGCCUCCAGAAUGCCUGUGGAAGAAGAUUAUGGCAGAAGACAGAUUACGCUACAGCAGCAUGCUUCCCAGUCGCCGGUACCGCCGUCCCUACAGUGUCCCGUUGGUUGUAUUCCUGCGCCUGCAGAUCAUCGCUAUGCAAGCGAUAAGAAUUUGCUCGAUCCCUCCGAACGCUACUCAGACAGGUUCGGCUCGGAGCGCAGCAAUUCGGAUCGGCUGCCGUCGGGAGAACGGUACCAGGGGGUCUCGGAGCGGUACCCGUUGGGGGAGAGGCCUCAGACCUCCGUGUCCUCCGAACGCUUGCAGCCCGCGGAGGAACGCACGCAGUUCCAGACGGAACGGUACCACUAUGCCACGUGUCAGAGGUACCCCGAGAGGUACACCCCCGUCGGCAGUCUCGAUAGGUACCACACGCACACUGUCGAUAGGUACUCGAGGACGAGCACCCCGACCGAUCGGUACCACACCCUGUCCGACAAAGACAAAACUAACGCUUCCGAUAGAUACACACCCAUCGAGAAGUACCAAGGGGAGAACUUCAGUGCCAACGAUAGGCACAAUUCCGCACAAAGCGUGUGUUCCAUCGAACGUUACACGCCGACGGAACGCCACAGAAGCAAAUCGAGCGACAUGUACAAAAUCCGGGAGAGAUCGUCUAGUUCGGAUAGGAAAACGGAACGGUACCAGCAGUACCAGAACCGGUACGACCAAUACGUUCCUGAACGCUUUCCCGCUAUUCCGUGUCCUGAACGGUUCGCGACGCAGGAGCGGAACGAACGCGUACCUUUCACUCAAGUACCUUACAUGGAACCACCUUCUCCAGCUCCGGCAAGCGAUAGAUUCGUACCACCGCCGCCUCUAUCCCCCGAGAACACACCAAGUCCCGACUGUUUUCCUAAUAACGCUUUUCCUUCUCCUACUAACACGGUACCACCCCCACCCGAACGUUUCAUCCCACCACCGCCACUAUCACCUUCGCCCACAGAAAAGUACUCCCCUAAGAAAGUCGAAAGGUACGAAAAACAGCAACGGUACUACGACCGGUACCACCGCACUCAAUACUACCCCCAGAACGAACGCUACCAUGUAAACCCCGAUCGCUUCGUCACCAACGACCGCUACAUCCCGCCCAACGCCCACAUGCCCGUCGAACGCUACGUCCCCCAACAACAGGAACCCUACUACAACACUUACCAAACCUACGAACGGUACCCCAAAUUCAACGCGAACGACCCCUACAUGCGACGCGACCUAGCGUUCCACUACCGCCUCCCGCUCCCUUACUCCUCCACCCAGUACCAGAGAAUCCGCUAUGUGGGUACCCCGAACCGCGUCAAGUGUUGCCAGUACCAAGAGGGGUACCAACUAUCCAAAUCCAGUCCCGGUUCCAGUUCGAGCAGUUCAGUGACGAGCCAAGGCAAAGACCUCCACCAGAAAGAAGUGCAAUGUGUCAACAACUCCAGUCUUCAAGAAAUGCAGUGCCAAAGCUACCAAACCUGUGCGUACCAACAGGAAAAGGGGACGCAGUGCGGCAAAGAGUGCGUCGGUUUUGUGUCGCCUAAUUUACGCGCGAAAGGACAAUGUCGCCACAGCAUCUGCGCCAGUCCGAGCGUGGAGUACGUGGGGGCCUCCGGGGGCAGGCACGUGUGCGCCACGCCGCCCCCGAGGGGCAGCAUCGGCUCGGCCGAUGGGGCCGUCUGCAACGACAACUGCUGCACGGCACGGAGAGCACAGAACUCCUUGACCGUGGCUGUUUGGAGGGCGGCGGCGCCUUCGCAGCCGCCAGCCGGCCAGCAGCAGCCGUCGCCGCCGCAGCAGCGCGCCGCCACCCCGGUGCCUGAAGAUGCCGCCGCGUCCGAGCCGAAACCCUCCGAAACGCCAGAGCUUCGCCAGCCCCAACACUCGCCGAAAAUCCCACCCGUCCAAAGGGCGGUUUCCUUGCCGGCGACCUCUCCCCCAGAGCGCCCCCGAAUGCAGCCCCGUCUGGGGUACACCCAGAGCGAGAGGCUGCCAAAUCGGCCGACGUUGGCUCGGUCUUUAUCGCGCAAAGAAAUGAUCAAGAAUUACAUAAAGAAGGAAACGGCCACUUUUUUCGGUGUGGAUGAAGAGAGCGAGGAGAAGCAGCAGAGGAGGUGGCUGGAUCGGCGGAUCAGGAUGGCUUCCAGGACGUAUGGGCCGUUAAAAGAUGAGUACAGGACGUUGGGGUCGACGUAUAGACGAACCAUUUCCGAGAUGGCUCCGGGCGGCCGGAUGUCGGGACAGUUACAAGCUGAAAGACCUGAUGUUCUUCCGGGGCCGAACGAUGUUGUGGACACCAAUCAGGAGCGGCUGCAUGAGGUCACGGUCCGUCGGAAGGACUCGGUGGCGAGGAUGACCUGGGACGGCCUGUCCUACGUCGUCAAUACCUUGACGAGACACCGGCCCAGAAGGCGCUCACAGCAGAGCCAACAAUCGAGGAGUUUUCCACCUGACACUCCUUACAGUUCCAGUAGUGUGGAAGAGGAGACAUUUUUCCAAAAACCGACCUCUCCCACCUCGCCCCGGCCACAGGAGGAAGGCGACACGAUAGACAGGGGUCACGAAGCCACCCUCCAGCCAGCGUACAGGGACCGGUUAACCAUCCGCCCCGGUUCAGGGGGCUGGAGAAGGGACCCCCAUGUGGUGCUCCGACACGAGGGGCAAAAUCGGCCCGCUGUUGGAGGCUCGAGGGUGUUUUCGUCGCUGCUUGACAAUGUUUUGGACAAUUCCAAUCGGCGGCAGUAUGGCAUGGGCUGGGUGGGGCGAAUGUUCGGGCGUUCGAUGCGGCAUUCGGUGACUCAAGACGACAAGAUUUUACAACAAUUGGACGACAUGGAGGACCAUAGACCGAUGUUCACUUAUUGGGUGACCACAGUACAAAUUUUAGUUUUGUUCAUUUCUUUGGUGUGUUACGGGUUGGGGCCUUUCGGCAUUGACUUGCAUUCAAGGUCGGGACAGGUCCUAGUGACUAGUUUGUCGCUACAGCAGGUGGAUUACAUGGAACCGGCGAAUUUUUGGUUUGGUCCAAGAGCCAGCGAUUUGAUUCAUUUGGGGGCGAAAUUCGCCCCUUGUAUGCGGAUAGAUGAUAAGAUUUCGCAACAGAUUGAUAAGAUCAGGGCAAAAGAACGGGAAACAGCGUGUUGUAUCAGGAAUGACGAUUCAGGUUGUGUGCAGUCAUCACAGGCCGAUUGUUCUCUGAGAGGAUUAAGACCUACGAAAACUAUAUCGAAGUGGAAGAAGUGGAGCGCGGGUGAGGCGGGCCCUGGGGGCCGCAUCUCGGGCUCCGUCUGCGGUUUGGACCCAAAAUUUUGCGACGCCCCCGCGAGUGUGCACCCCUACGAAUGGCCGGACGACAUCACAAAAUGGCCCAUUUGUCGCAAGACCAACACCCAAUUCUCCAUUCAGAAACGCAGCGGAAGUCGCGAUAAAAGCGCCGAACACAUGGUCUGCGAAGUGAUCGGACACCCGUGCUGUAUCGGAAUCCACGGCCAGUGCAAAAUCACCACGAAGGAGUAUUGCGAUUUCGUCCAGGGGACGUUUCACGAGGAAGCUUCGCUGUGCUCGCAGGUAUCUUGUCUAAACGACGUGUGUGGAAUGCUCCCGUUCUACUUCGCCGAAACCCCCGAUCAGUUCUACCGCCUGUGGACCUCCCUGUUCCUCCACGCUGGAGUCCUCCAACUAGCCGUCACUGUCCUCAUCCAGUACUUCUUAAUGCGCGAUUUGGAAAAACUGACUGGGAGUCUCCGCAUCGGCAUCAUCUACAUAGGCUCGGGGGUUGCCGGCAACCUCGCCAGCGCCAUCUUCGUGCCCUAUCGAGCCGAUGUUGGUCCCGCGGGCUCCCAGUUCGGCCUGUUGGCGUGCCUGAUCGUGGAAGUGCUCAACUCGUGGCCCAUGCUGAAGCACCCGAACCAGGCCCUAUGUAAGCUCCUUUCCAUCACUCUCGUCCUCUUCCUCAUCGGCCUCCUGCCUUGGGUCGAUAAUUACGCUCAUUUGUUCGGUUUCGUGUUCGGUUUUCUGUUAUCGUACGCGUUGUUGCCGUUUAUUUCGUUCGGUGUUUACGAAAGACGCAAGAAGAUCGUCCUGAUCUGGGUGUGUCUGGUGUCGGCUGGGGUGCUCUUCAUCUGUCUGGUCCUCCUCUUCUACAUCAUACCGGUCUACGACUGCAAAAUCUGCUCGUACUUCAACUGUAUACCGUUCACGCGCGAUUUCUGUGCUUCGCAAAAUAUUAAUUUCAAAAGGGAGGAACCUAUAGUAUGACAAAUAAGGUUACGGUUUGUAACCGUAUUGUUUUAUUUCUUUAUUGUUUCGGUUGAGAGUAGUUAAGUUUUUACAAAUGUUUGAGUUGGUCGAGUUGUUUUGUUUGGGACCCUAUCCAACCCGGUGGCAAAAAGCGUUUUAAAAUCAAGUGAAAGGAGUUUUCCCCGAAUGUUAGUUUUGUGAUAAACAGAUCCAUGUAAAAUAUUGGGAAAAACAGUGUUGAUAUUGCGAACUGAUCUUUAAAACAUGUGAUACAAACUAUAUCUCGGUAUAUUUAAGACGUUAAUUUAUAUAAGAUAUGUGCAAUGAAAUUUGAUUUAUGUUGGCAACGAAAAUACAGCUACGAACUUGGUUCAGCCCCUCCUAGUGGACGUUUGCUUCAAUAAAGUUACGAUCAAAAAGUGCCCUUUAACUGACUCUUUUAGCCAUUCUUUUGAUUUGGAAGCGCCACAGUUCGGUUACCCUGCGACUUAUUGAAGCAAAUUCGCGGCAACUCGAUGGAUAUGUAACCAUUAACAAUAGACUCAUUUAUAUGUGUUUACUUAUAAAUUUAUCAGAAGAUAUUUUCAUCACUAUUAUAGAAGAAAACUGUAUAAAUUAUAUAAGCAUGAAUGAUUGUGUACAUAUAACGCAGUAUGGUGGUGUUAAUGUUAAUUUUUGUAAAAUUACCCCGCUCUGAGAGGAAUCUUUAUUUGUCUACAUAACAGUUUCACUUUGUUGUAAUUUUAGGGCCGGCGCUUCCGCCAACGUUCUAGUCUCGAAAAUGGCCAAAUCGUUUCCGUUUGUUUCUUUCGUUGGGAACGUUGACGUAACCCGAGCUAAUCGACUUAACCCACGAUAUAUAUUAUAAUGUAAUGAUCGUAACGUCUGUAGAAGUUGCGUUUAUCGUUUUGGCCCCUAUUUCGCAUUUUUGACAAAUCCACUUGUGAUUUCCUGUGAAAUUCUCUCCGUAUCAUAGCCAGUGAUGUAAAUCGAUUUUAUAACAGUAGCUAUUUAUAUUUGUGUAGGCUUAUGAGUUUUCGACAUUUUUGACUGAUACUCAAAUAUCAACGUACACUGCAAUUGUACAAAAGUUGCCAUUUUCGUUUACUACGCUUUCACUCAAACGGCUAUCUGAUCGGUUUCCAAGCAGACGUUGCAUUGUGUAUUACGACUGACGAUUACAUUACGUUUCAACAAUUGUACAGUUACAUUGUAAUAUUAUAAAAUCAGGUGUUAUCACUAAGACCAAGCCUUAACAUUAUAAUAACAUAAUAAAUUACUUCUGCACAUAAUUGACACUUUUCCUUCGUUACCCUGCAUUAUCCAAGCAACAAUAAACCACCUCACCAAAAGCUGCAAGCCCCCAAAAAUUAAGUAAAAUUUACAAAUAAUUUUAAUUAAGUUUCUUUUCAAAUACACGAUUCGGUUUAUAUUUUAGGUAUUUUGCGCCAAAAAAUUUUUAUUUGUUGUGGAUUUAAAUGGGAGAGGAUAAUCAUUUAAAUUAACUACUAAUAAGGCCCCCAUAGCACAUAGCUAUUUUUUAAGUAAACCGCCCUGGUUUUCAAGGGUAAACAGAAAAGCAAAAAAAAUCGUGGGUCCAUAGUGCACACAGGCAUUUUUUAAGGAAAACACUCUGAUUUUCAAGGGUAAACAGAAAAGCAAAAAAAAUCGUGGGUCCAUAGUGCACACAGGCAUUUUUUAAGGAAAACACUCUGAUUUUCAAGGUAUAUUUAAAAAAUCAAAUAUCGCUAGCGCUCAUGAAGGACUUCGUCCGAAUAUUUCAAGGAUUUUGUCUUGUUUUUCAUAGUAUAUUUUAAAAUCGCUUCGCUCAUGAGGGCUUCGCCCGAAUUAACAUUUUUUCAAGGAUUUUGUCCUGUUUUUCUAUUUGGGCCACUUUAGCACACAUACGAAUACGAUUUCGGUCUACAAAUUCGGCCAAGAAAAUGACCAAAUUUAUUUAUACUAAUAAAGACGAUUAAUUAGUUUUAUUAUUUGAUUGAUCAGACCACAUUUAAAUCCAAAAACAUUAAUGUAUUGCUGCAACCCGCACCAGAAUGUUGCAUAUCUUUGGCUGCUGCAGGAAUUAUUGCUUGACUAUAUAAUAGUCUUUGUGCGAUAUUAUCCCACAGAUGGCGCGGGUCAAGCAAAUCCAAAUAAUCCAAAUCACACGUUUUUUUAUUUUCCCAUAAAAUAAGGUAGGGAAAAUAACAAAAAAUAAUUCAAAACUGGCGCGCCGAACAUUUAAUUCCAUGUUGCGUUGGUAGAUGGCGCCGUAUUAACGACCAAUCGAUUGUCCAGAAGUUAGCGUUCUAUAGUGUUUGGUGAGGUGACGGUUGUUUAACAUUAAAAACUGAAAGUGUAUAAGUCUUUGUAAAAUAUAAAUAACUAAAUAAGCAACAUGAGUGUUCUGCAGUCACUAGUUAAGGAACUACGAAAAAUUCAGAAAACACGAGCAAAACUUAAAAUGGAUGAAGGCGUUGUUAUUGGAUUGGCCACAAGAAUUAGAGCCUUCACAAUUACAGGCAACGUUCAUGAGCUACAACAAGUGUCAGUAAUUUUAAAAAAUCUUAAUGGAAUCAAGCAUAUAACUUACUCGGCGACUUACAUACCAUUGGAUGUAUUUAAUUAUGGUGUAAUUAUGAAUAAUAAUGAGUUUGUGGUAUACUUCCACAACAUUAACAACUUCCCAUAUACAAAAAUUAUUUUUGACAUGGAAUCUAUUAAAGAAGUUGAGAAUUUCAUCUCUGCAGUGAAGCUUCGAACAAGGCCCCAUGUAAAUACUUACGAACACGACGGAAAUGUGUAAAACGUCAUCGUCUGCUGAUUCCUCCGACUCGGGAACAACUGGGACCAAAGGAGUAGACAAUUCCUUUGACUCCGAUGAGCCAAGUACAGAAGAAAAUUGAUAAUAUAAUUUAUUGUAAUUAAAUAUAUUUAAUAAAUAAAUUGUUUGAUUUUCAUUGA